AUGCUGUACCUCCUCGACUAUGGCGCGGGCAACGUGCGCAGUCUCGCCAACUCGAUCACCAAGCUCGGCUUCGAGUUCCAAUGGGUCCAGUCUCCGGAGGACCUCAAGAAGGCCGACAAGCUCCUCUUCCCCGGUGUUGGCGCCUUUGGUCCUGCGAUGCAGUCCAUUCGCGAUAAGGGGUACGCCGAGCCUUUGAAGGAGUACAUUGCGAGUGGCAAGCCGUACAUGGGCAUCUGUAUCGGGCUGCAAACGCUCUUUGAGGGGUCUGACGAGGCGCCUGGCGUACAAGGGUUGGGCGUUGUUCCCGGUAUCGUAGGUAGCUUUUCGCCCAAGGACAAGAGCGUACCCCAGAUGGGCUGGAAUGAGGCUAAGGUGGUCAAGACAAGGAACGACGGAGGUGAUCAGGACGCUGUCAAGUACGGCUUUCCGGAUCCAUCGAGCAAGGAAAGCAGCCACUACUACUUCGUCCACUCGUACCGCGCCGCCUACCAACCCGACAAGCACGCCGACUGGGUGCUCACCACCACACAGUACGGCGACGAAGUUUUCCUCUCAUCCAUUCAGAAGGGCAAUGUGUUCGCGACCCAGUUCCACCCGGAGAAGAGCGGACGUGCGGGGCUCGAGCUGCUCCGUGCCUGGCUCGAACAGCCGGGCACCAUCGACCCGAGCAAGGAGCGUCUGCUUCAGGACCCGCAGCAGGUCGCCACUCCUGCGCCACGCGAUGGUCUCACAAAGCGUAUUGUCGCAUGUCUCGACGUGCGCAGCAACGACGAUGGCGAUCUCGUCGUCACCAAGGGGGAGUCGUACGAUGUGCGCGAGAAGGCCGAACCCACCACCACCACCGACGCUGAAGCUUCGAGCUCAAAACGCAAGGUCCGCAACCUCGGCAAGCCCGUCGACCUCGCUUUGCGAUACUAUCUCGAAGGCGCCGACGAAAUCACAUUCCUCAACAUCACCUCGUUCCGCUCCUGCGCGCUGCAGGAUCAACCCAUGCUCAGCCUGCUCGAAGCUGCGGCGGCCAAGAUCUUCGUCCCGCUCACUAUCGGCGGUGGCAUCAAGGACACCGUGGAUCCGGAUGGAACAGCGAGGCCAGCGAAGGAGGUCGCGGAUGCAUACUUCCGCGCUGGAGCGGACAAGGUCUCGAUCGGAUCCGAAGCGGUCUUUGCCGUAGAAGAGCUGUUUGCGAGGGCAGCAGAGAACGGCCAAGGGAGCGAAAGCAACCCCCUCAAAUUCGACAAGAAGUGCUUGACGGGCAAGACGGGCAUCGAGACAAUCAGCAAGGGGUAUGGCGCCCAGGCGGUGGUGGUCUCGAUCGACCCACGACGGGUGUACCUUGCGGAGGGUGAGAAGGCGGAUCCGAAGCACGGGCCCUGCGUCGUCUCCGGCGCACCAGGUAGCGAUGAGGAGGGCAAACGAUGGUGGUACCGAUGCACCGUCAAGGGCGGGCGAGAGGAUCGCGAUGUGGAUGUCAUCCAGCUCGCACGCGGUGUGCAGAGGCUAGGCGCGGGAGAGGUGCUGCUCAACUCAAUCGAUCGCGACGGCUCCAACAAGGGUUUCGACAGGCAGCUCGUCGAGCUGGUGAGGCGCAGCGUCGAUAUCCCCGUCAUUGCCAGCUCGGGUGCCGGUACGGCUCAGCACUUUGUCGACGUGUUCAGCCCGCAAAAGGAGGGAGAAGGGACGGUGGAGGCCGCAUUGGCCGCGGGCAUCUUCCACAGGAAGGAGUGCUCAAUUGACGAGGUCAAGGAGGCGCUGCUGCAAACCGGAUUCAGCGUCAGGAGAGAGGAUGUCGCAGGUGGAGCUGGGGCCAUCUCCAAGCAGUGA